AUGGCUGAUCGUGCGAGUGUACAGCUGCACAUCGUUCGUGUCUGGCUGGAUGCAGGGCAAGUGGCCGCUGCUCAGGCAUCUUUGAGGCAACUUCAAUCCCAAAAGGGCAUAACAUGGAAGCACUCAGUGGGGAAAUGGAAGAAGACUGAAGGAUGCUCGGUGCUACAGUUGGCCCCACAGCUGCCGGCCUCCGAGGCUGCCGCUGCGGCCAAGGCCGGCCCGAGGCGGCUGGUGCCGGUCUGCGUGGCGUGGCUGCUGCUGGCGGCGGCCACCUCUCCCUUCGGCGUCUGGCUUCGGGGCGCCGGCCUCGCGGCCUUGGGCGUGGGGAGCUUCGCCCUGGCAGUGCACCAGGGCCUGCCCGGCCACAUCUGCUUCCUGGCGAACGGCGUGGCCACCAUCUGCGGAGCUGCGGCGAUGGCCUUCGCCAGGGGCGAGAGCUACAGCCAGGUGGUCAAGAGAGACUACUUGGUGGGGGUCGCCGGGCCUUCGGGCACCGGAGACAUGCUUCUGUGGUGCUUGGGCCCCGCCUUGGUGUCCACGGGCGUGCAGAUGUUUCAAUAUCGUUCACGCAUCGCCGCGCUCAGCCGGGUCCUUUUCCUGACCUGCGGCGUCGUGUCGCUCUGCAACGUCCUGGGCACCGUGGUUGCUGGACCGCUCCUGGGGGUCUCCCCGGAGGUGACGCUUGCGGCUACGAUGAGGUGUGUCACCAUCCCCAUGGCGCUGCCCACCUACGCCCGCCUCUGUGACGCGAGCGGCGCGGAGAACAACGUGGCCUUAGUGGCUCUCUGUGCCGGAGUGUCGGGGUUCAUUGGGUUCGGCUUCUCCCAGCGGUUCCUGUCCUCGGCGCUCUGCGGAUACACCGCCGAUCCUGUGGCUCGGGGCAUUGCCACGGGCGCGGCCGCCCACGCGCUGGGCGCCGCCUGCCUGGUCGCCACGGAGCCGGAGGUUGCGCACCCGUCAGAUUGUCUGGUUCAGAAAUCGCAGCAUUCGUCUGGGGCAUGCUGUCCAUGGCCGUCUCCGGAGUCGCCUCCGCCGCCUGGAUCUGCGCCUGCCAGCCGCUGA